AUGGCGUCCGAUGCCAACCAGCGUCGAUGGCCCCUUCACCUCCCAUUCAAGACGAUCGACGCUUCCGGCAUCCGCCCUGCCGCAGUUGGGCGGCCCAGCCGCAUCGUAUCUCCGGCCGCCUCAAAGAUCAGAACCCGCGGCGCCAUAGCUCCUUCCGAGGGGCGCCCAUGCUCGACAAAACGGAUUCUCCGUCCUCCACGAUCGUGGAAACCUCGCGCUCUCGCUUCGCCCGACUAUCAACUCCUUUCCGCCCAGCUGCUCGACCCUUGA